AUGGCGAUGUCCAGUGCACUGAGAAAUUGCCACCGAUGUGGUCGGUUGUUUACAACGGACUUCACUCGUUUUUCACGAGUUGGGAUUCGGAAUUUAUCGGGAGUUCAACCGUCUGAAGAACCCAGUAAUGAAUCUGUUUUUACUGAACAACACAUCGAGUUAAAACGGUCUCUUAACAAGUUAAUCGAGAAGGAGAUUAAUCCCUAUGUCGACCAGUGGGAGGAAGAGAGACAGUUUCCGUCUCAUGAAGUCUUCAAGAAGCUAGGAGAUGCUGGAUUCUUAGGACUUAACAAACCAACAGAGUAUGGAGGAGCCGGUUUGGAUUUUAGCUACAACAUGGCCAUGGCUGAAGAAUUAGGAAGUAUUCACUGCGGAGGUAUUCCAAUGGCAAUUGGAGUUCAGUCCGAUAUGUCAACACCAGCAUUGGCUAGAUUUGGAAGCGAUGAGUUGAAGCGAGAGUUCUUAGCGCCAUCGAUUGCUGGCGAUGUCGUUGCUUGCUUGGGAGUCAGUGAAACUGGAUCAGGAUCGGACGUUGCAAGCAUACAGACCAAAGCGGAGAAACAAGGUGGAGACUACAUCAUUAAUGGUGGUAAGAUGUGGACAACCAAUGGAAUUAAAGCAGACUGGUGCUGUCUCCUUGCAAACACAAGUGGUGGAUCAUCACAUCAGAAUAAAUCUCUGAUUUGCGUCCCUAUGGACACCAAAGGUGUUGUAAGAGCCAAAAAGAUCGACAAACUCGGCAUGUGGUGUUCAGAUACGGCUCAGCUAUUCUUUGAAGAUGUUCGAGUACCACAAAAGAAUUUGAUUGGUCAGGAGGGUUUGGGAUUCACCUAUCAGAUGCUUCAGUUUCAAGAAGAGAGAAUGUGGGCAGCUGCAGGAGUGCUACUACCACUGGAAAAUAUAAUCACCGAUACCAUCAAUUAUACUAGACAGAGAAAGGCCUUUGGCAAGUCUAUUCUAGAGAAUCAAGUGGUUCAUUAUCGUCUUGCUGAGCUUCUUACUGAGGUGGAGUUGCUGAGAUCUCUAGUCUAUAGAAUUAUCAGUCUAUACACCCAGGGCAAAGAUGUAACCAAGUUGGCCUCCAUGGCUAAAUUGAAGGCAGGUCGACUCAGUAGAGAAGUCACUGAUUCCUGUUUGCAAUACUGGGGAGGUAUGGGCUUCACUAGUGAAGUCUUAGUCAGUAGAUUCUACAGGGAUUUCAGGCUUCUUUCGAUAGGCGGCGGAGCUGAUGAAGUGAUGCUAUCCAUUAUCAGCAAGUACAUGGGAACACUGCCUUUAUCUCCAAAGAAAAAAUGAGAUAAAUGGGUUGAAGGUACGAUCCGCUUUCUUCCCAGAACACGAUGCUAAGAGUUAAGAGGUAGCGACACAUGUCUGUAUAGGCUUCUAUCAAGUGUACAUUAUAAAAACAAACUAUAAAUUUAAGCCGAUGAAGUUUUUUGGGUAAAACAAAACGGCAACAGGUUUUUCUGUUUUGAAAUAACUUGAACCAAUUUCAGGGCCACACUACCGUUAUUAAUCGCACGGUUAUGCACUUUUUAAAAUAACUGGUAAAGAUUUUUAAUAAUCUUCGCUGUCCACCCUAUUAAUAUCUAGAAAACGCUAUACCAAAAUUGAAGGCGUAAAAAAACAGGGGCGCAAGUCACUACUAACAAAAGUCUGAAUCUGGGAUCCAAAUCUUUGGAGUUACAUUGAAAUGAUGGCAUUUCUACCUUUCCAAAGAGAUUUUAGGAACAGCAUCUUCAGUAUGUGGGUUUUUAGGCAUUGCACGGUGAGGUAUCAAUGUAUAUUCGUUUUGCGUGUGAGGUAUCAAUGUUUAUUCGAUGUGUGAUAAUAAUAACCAG